ACAAUAAAACAAAUGACAGUUUGGCAAGAAGCAGCAUGACAAUGUUGAGAGUUAAUUGUCAAACGAAAAUUAUUAACGCGUGUGCAAUUUUUUUGCUGCAUUUGUGGUCAGUUUCUUCCCAAGAGAAAGGGUUAUUAAAGAAUUUAUAAAUUAAAUACGAAAUGCCUACGAUUGGUGUUAAACGCGACUUGUUGUUCCAGUCAUUGGGCAAAAAAUACACCGACGAUGAGUUUCAACAAUUGUGUUUUGCCUUUGGUCUGGAGCUGGAUGAGGUCACCACAGAGAAACAAAUGUUGACCAAAGAACAAGGUGAUGAUGCUGCAGGUGUUUCAGAUGCUUCAGAGGAAAUCAUUUAUAGAAUUGAUAUACCAGCUAAUCGCUAUGAUUUGUUGUGUAUGGAAGGUUUGGUCACCGGUUUAAUGGUUUUCCAGGGAAAAAUCACCCCUCCCAAAUUCAAACUAGUGGAGCCAGCAGAUGGCAAGCGUCAGGUAUUGAAAAUUCUGCCCGAAACUGCUCAAAUUCGUCCUUUUGCUGUGGCAGCAGUUUUGCGUAACAUUACCUUAGAUCAGGCUGCCUAUGACUCUUUCAUUGACCUGCAGGAUAAAUUGCAUCAAAACAUUUGUCGCAAACGUACCCUAGUGGCCAUUGGUACUCAUGAUUUGGACACCAUACAGGGGCCCUUUAGCUAUGAGGCUAAAGCUCCUGAAAAUAUUAAUUUUAUACCCUUGAAUCAAACAAAAUCUAUGAAUGGCCACGAAUUAAUGGAAUUCUAUAGCAAUCAUGCUCAACUUAAACAAUAUUUGCCCAUUAUACGCGAAUCACCUGUUUAUCCUGUCAUCUAUGAUGCCAAUGGUGUAGUUUUAUCGCUACCACCCAUUAUUAAUGGUGAUCAUUCCAAGAUUUCUUUGAAAACUAAAAAUGUUUUCAUUGAAUGCACGGCCACUGAUUUAACUAAAGCCAAGGUAGUUUUGGAUACUAUAGUCUGUAUGUUUUCUGCUCACUGCUCAGAGAAAUUCACGGUAGAACCUUGUGAUGUAGUGCAGCCGGAUGGCACUACUGUUACAUAUCCUGAGUUGGCUGUGCGUCAAGAAACCAUCUCGGCCAAAAAGGCCAAUACAGCUAUUGGUAUUUCCGAGAGUCCCGAAAAGAUAGCCAAUAUGUUGACGAGCAUGUUUUUGGAAGCUAGCUGUAAGGAUGAUGAUCUCAUUGAAGUCUCCAUACCACCCACUAGACAUGAUGUCAUACAUGCUUGUGAUAUCUAUGAAGAUGUGGCGAUUGCCUUUGGCUAUAAUAACAUAAGAAAGUCUUUGCCCUCCUUUAUGCAUAUAGCCAAACAAUAUCCACUCAAUAAAUUGACCGAACAGUUGAGAGAACAAGUAGCUCAGGCUGGUUUUACUGAAGCUCUUACAUUUACUUUAUGCUCUCGUGAUGAUGUGGCCAAAAAACUCAAUAAAUCCAUUGAUGAAAUGCCAGCAGUGCAUAUUGCGAAUCCUAAAACUUUAGAAUUUCAGGUGGUAAGAACUACUCUCUUGCCCGGUUUGCUAAAGACAUUGGUGGCCAAUCGUAAAAUGCCUUUGCCUUUGAAACUUUUCGAAAUCAGUGAUGUAGUAGUAGCUGAUGAUGACACCGAGGUAGGAGCACGUAAUGAGAGAAGGUUAUGUGCUGUAAAUUGCAACAAAACUGCUGGUUUUGAAGUGGUGCAUGGUCUAUUGGAUCGUGUUAUGCAACUUUUGGAAGUUAGCUGGAAAUCAGCCAACAGUAAAGACAGUAAGGGUUACUAUUUGCAGGCUACAGAAGAUCCCUCCUAUUUCCCCGGUCGCUGUGCUCAUAUUAUGCUUAACAAUGUGGCCAUUGGCAAAAUUGGUGUCUUACAUCCUUCUGUUUUACAGGCUUUUGAAUUAACUACUCCCUGCUCAGUGGUGGAAUUUAAUAUUGAACCCUUUGUUUAAAUUAGUUUUAACGUAAAAUAAUGAAAGUUGAAGUGAUUGAAACCGGCUUUUUUGCAUUUCUCUUUUUUUUAAAUUUAAUUCAAAUAAAAAAAUAUGUUCUUAUUAAAUUAUGAAAUUUUACUCUUUGUUAAGAAAUGUUUUAAGAAAAGUGACUGGUAGAAAGAAAAAAAAUUAAUUAA